AACCAUGCGUUUUCUGUUAACGAAUCAUAAGUUCAGCUAAUUCUAGCAGUAGUACUACAAUACAAUCAUUACCCAUGAGCUUAGGUUAUCUUCCCAAGACACCUGUUAACUCUCACUCCCUACUUCACCCUACUACUGCACUCAUCACUUCUCUCUCAUCAUUCUCUCGCACCAAUUUCAUCUCCCCAGGAAGAAAGAAUUUGGUAUUUCGUGCCAAGUACACUAAUUGUAAAACUGAGCAACAGUCAGACACAACAUUAAUGGAUCUAAAAGAGGAAUUCCAGAAAGAGAUCAGGAAUGCUCCUUAUCCUCAUAUAGAGCCGUAUAGUACUGGGAUGUUGAAGGUUUCAGAUCUCCAUUCUAUAUACUGGGAGCAAUCGGGGAAUCCAGAUGGGCAUCCAGUUGUUUUUCUGCAUGGAGGACCAGGAGGUGGAACUUCACCAACCAAUAGAAAAUUCUUCGAUCCUGAAUUUUACCGGAUUAUUCUGUUUGAUCAGAGAGGUUCUGGUAAGAGUACACCACACGCUUGCUUGGUGGAGAACACUACAUGGGACCUCAUUCAAGACAUUGAAAAACUGAGGGAGCAUUUAAAAAUUCCCGAGUGGCAGGUAUUUGGUGGCUCAUGGGGAAGUACGCUUUCUCUUGCUUACAGCCAAUCUCACCCUGACAAGGUCACUGGAAUUGUACUUCGGGGUAUCUUUUUAUUACGUAAAAAAGAACUUGAUUGGUUUUAUGAGGGUGGUGCUGCUGCUAUAUUUCCUGAUGCUUGGGAACAAUUUAGAGAUCUUAUCCCGGAAAAUGAAAGAGAUUGCUUUAUCACUGCUUAUCACAAGCGACUAAACUCUGAAAACCUAGAAACGCAAUAUGAAGCUGCUAGGGCAUGGACCAUGUGGGAAAUGAAGACUGCUCAUCUUAUCCCCAAUGAAGAGACCAUAAAGAGAGGGGAAAAUGAUGAGUUCUCGUUGGCAUUUGCGAGAAUUGAAAACCACUACUUCAUGAACAAGGGAUUCUUUUCUGCAGAUUCAUACCUGUUAGACAACAUUGAGAAGAUAAGGCAUAUCAACACUGUAAUCGUACAGGGAAGAUAUGAUUGUUGCUGCCCCAUGAUGUCAGCAUGGGAUCUUCAUAAAGCUUGGCCAGAGGCUGAAUUAAAGAUUGUUGCGGAUGCUGGACACUCUGCCAAUGAACCUGGAAUUACAGCUGAACUUGUCGCUGCGAAUGAGAAGUUGAAGAGUAUUAUAAAGGGAACCUGAGCUUUCAAAUGAAUAGAGACCUCGGACGACAUAGUCAGCCAGCUGUUUAAAGUACUUGGCUUAAAUGUUCUUGGUUGUACCAUGAGUACUUGUUCAAAAGAAUUUUGUCUCUCUACCCAGUUGGCCAGUUCAGUGACUAAAAUAAGCAACCGCUGCAACUUUUUUUUCCUUUCUUAGUGUUGAGUAGAGGAAUAUAUUCGCUUACUUGCAGAAUCUGGGAUUCAAUUUAAGUUGGGUGGUGCGCCCCUGAACUAUAUUGACCAUCUGGCACUGAUGAUGCCAAAACUAAAAUGAUGACAGAAAUUCAGAAAAGUUGAGAGUUUUUUGGAUGCUUUA